UUUUAUAUUUUUACUUUGACCUCAUAUCGUCGUUUUAUCAUCUUAUGCUUGCGUUCCACGAUCAGUUAUAACAAAUCUAUUGCAAGACAGUUAUUUGCUAUAUUUAUUUAUACGAAAAAGUGACAACUAAUUAGAAAUCUAAGGCUAAUGUAACUUACGGUAUUGUUGAUACAUUAUUAAAAUAAUACAUUUUUCCGUACUAUAGAACAUAAUAUAUAAAAUAUACUGUACGUCAAAAUGAAGAAUCCUAUAUUAGUAAAGAUAAAAAAAAUGUAUCUUGUCAUAUGUAUUAUCAUUUUUGCUACGAGCAAUAUUACAUAUGCGCAAAGUCUUGAAAAAAGUUCAGAUAACCAUGAUGAAAAUUCUAAUAAUAGUAAUAUUUGUUCAACUCAGAUAUGUAAAAAUGCAGCAACUGCUUUGUCAAAAAGUAUGGACUUCACCGUAAAACCGUGUGACAAUUUUUUUAAGCAUGUGUGUGGCAAUUUCAAAAGAGACAUUGAAUUUCCAAAAACGAAAUCUCAACUUGAUAAGUAUUCAAUGAUGUCAGACGUGAUUGUAGAACAGAUUGCUAAAAUAUUAGAAAAAGAUAUUGGCUCCGAGAAGCCGAAAACUUUUGAGCUUAUUAAAACUUAUUACCUUUCGUGUUUGAACAAAUCUUCAAUUGAAAGCCAGGGACUCAAGCCACUGCAAACAAUUCUGAACAAACUUGGCGGUUGGCCAGUCGUAUUAGGGGAUACUUGGAAAGGAGAAAAUUUCUCUUGGAUAGAAACUGACGAAUUGAUUCGAUCAUUAGGAUAUACGCCAAAGUAUAUUUUUCAACCGUUCGUUAUGAGAGAUAUGGAUAAUCCGUCAAAAAAUAUCUUAUACAUAAGGAGGCCCCAAACAAUUGUAAAAGAUUUUAAGCAUGCAGGCUACUUAAUGAAGGCUUAUUUAGAUUACAUGAUUGAGAUUGCAGUAUUGCUUGGCGCUGAUAGAGCUCGCGCACAAAAAGAACUCAAUGAAACCUUGGCUUUUGACCUCGAUCUUACAAGUCCGUACAAUUUUAUAGAUUACAUUUCACUGGAUAUGGAUAAAGAUCGAUUGACCAUUAAGCAAUUACAACAAGUAUAUCCUAAUAUAUCCUGGUUAGAAUACUUGAACAAUUUAACGUAUCCCAAUUUCAUGGUCGAUGAAACAUUUGAAGUCCGCUUGGAAAGCUCUAUCUAUUUAGCAGGAGUACAAGGUCUAUUAGCGAAUACGACACGAAGAGUUGUAGCUAAUUACAUGAUAUGGAGAGUCAUAGAUGAUUCUAUCGAUUAUUUAAAUGACGAGAUUCGUAAUAAAAAAUUACUAUUUAAAAAAGCUUCCAAUGGAGUAUUAGAAUCUGAAUCUAGACAGGCAGAUUGCUUAGAUAAAAUGAUUACAAGAGGCGCAGGAUUGUUGCAGGGUAUAAGUGCAAUGUACGUGAAGAAUUUAUUCAAAAAUAAUACACAAAGAAAAGUUGGAGAAAUUGUGUCUGAUAUAUACAAUCGCUACAAAAAUGUCUUACAAAAUAUCUCAUGGUUGAGCGAAAGUACUAAACAAACGAUUUUAAAAAAACACGAACGCUUAAGGAAAGUUAUCGGCUAUCCUGAAAAAAUUCUUGACAUGAAAUCUCUUGACAAAUACUACGGUGGUCUUCAUUUUGAACUAAAUAAUUAUUUUCAAAAUGCAAUGAUGCUCAAUAAUUUUACCUAUGAAAAUUCUAUCAAAGAAUUAACUCAGCUUCCUGAAGAGAAUUUUUGGCUUGAAGUUGGAGUGUCUGCGAAUGUUCUCGUCCAUUAUCACAAAAUUUACAAUGUUAUUGUUUUGCCGGCAGCUAUUUUACAAUACCCAUUUUUUGACGAGAAUCAACCAAAUUAUAUAAAUUACGGAAGUAUUGGUUUCUUUGUCGGUCAUGAAAUUACUCACGCUUACAUAUUUGAGGAUAUGCCUUUGGAUGAAAAUGGUACUCAAAAUGUAUGGUGGACUGUAGAAGACCGAGACAAAUUUUAUCAAAAAGCGCGAUGUUACAUAGAUCGUUAUAGUAAUUUCACACCAGAAGCUGACCGAAGUGUUUUUCGUUCUGCGCAAACGUUCAGUCUUACCGAGAAUUUAGCAGACAACGACGGAUUUAAAGUAGCUUACAGUGCAUACAAAAUUUGGAAAAAUAAUCAUGGCGAUGAACCGCAACUUCCUUCUUUAAACUACACCAGUGAUCAGCUAUUUUGGAUUAGCGCUGCAAGUACUCUAUGUACUAGAAGAAGAGAAGAAAAUAGAAAAUUACAAUUAUAUACUGAUGAGCAUGCAGGGGAAGAAUUGCGAAUAAAUGGAGCUAUUUCAAAUAUGCCAGAUUUUGGCAACAUCUUUAAUUGUCCAAUCGGUUCUCCUAUGAAUCCUGAACUAAAAUGUACAUUUUUAACGGAUACUGUUUCUGCCUGAUAAAAUAUUCUUAUGCGUAAUUUUUCGUAUAAAUGUUAAUCUUCAAAUUUAUAAUCAGUUGCAAAAUAUAAGUAUGAAAAAUUAUAAAAGUUUAAUUGUAAUAUA